GGGGUGUCGUUUUGAAAGCAAAUAUCAAUGGUGUUCUCUUCGAAUCCCUUAGCCCUCAGCGUGCCGGAACCCGCCUUCGAAUCAUGGCUACGCGACACCGGCUACCUCGAAAUCCUCGACCACCGCACCUCAUCUUCCUCCGCCGUCCCCUCCGCCCCUAUCCCAGUCGGCGGCAUCUUCUCCCGCCUCCUCACCCUCCUAUCCCUUUUCACUCUCAACCCCUUCGCUAAACUCACCGCCGACGAUUUCGCCGGUGACACCCCUUCCUGGUCUCGCUCCUUCUUCGGCUUCUGCGGAUCCUACUCCUUCCCUUCUUCCCCCUCCCAAGCUCGCUUGAGGGUUCAGGAAAACGUUAAGCGCUAUGCCCGCAACUAUGCCUAUCUGUUCAUUCUCUUCUUUGCUUGUACUCUGUAUCAGAUGCCGCUUGCUCUUGUUGGGUUGAUAUCAUGUUUGGCCUUGUGGGAUUUCUUCAAGUUUUGUAGCCAUAGAUGGGGUUUGGAUCAGUAUCCAGUCACUCGCCAGUGCUUCAUUCGCUUAGCUCAAUGUGCAACAGCAGUUAUUCUAAUAUUUUCUAAUGUUCAAAUGGCUCUCUUUUGUGCCAUAAGCGUUAGCUAUGCGAGCGUGAUGCUGCAUGCUGCAUUCCGGAAACUGACCCCUGCAAAGCAACCUUCCCUGGCCAGAGGUAGAGGUAGAUAGAUAGUUGGUUAAUGAAUCAAAGAAAUUGGCUCAUUUGCCUUUAUCCAGCACAUCAUAUGUGGGUGAUUCAAGGGAUUUUGGUGCACAAGGUUAUGCUAUAACAAUUUAGAACUUAAGGGACAGAACUUUGUCACAGAAGAUUGGGCAAUGUAGAAAUCAGGGGCGGCCAGGCAGGUAUUGGCUUAGGUUUUGGAUAAUCAUUUUUGGAUAAUCAUUUCCCAUUGGGGGGUGUCAUGUCCCCCUCUUUCUGUUUGUGCUGAGAGGAUCUAAUUCCAUGCUUUUGUUGAUCACAUUUAUACGUGUAGGAAGGACUGGAAGGUGUCAAUUAUUUCUACAUUUAACCACUAUUCUUUUUUUCAUCAUUAUUAUUUUAGAUUUGUAAUUUUAAAUGGCAGACUAUAGACAUUGAAACUUUGAGUUUGACAAAAUUUGAUGUGAGAAAUAAGAAUGAUGACACACCAAAAAGAAUAUAUUUUUUUGCUUUUUUAGUUUUAUUGGUGAUGUUCCUGUGGUUUUGUCCUUUUUUCUUCUAAGGAUGUGCCACUGCCGUCUCCAGAUUAGUAAAGUUUGUCGCUCCAACUACGGAAAGGAACAUUGUACAUUAACAGAGAACACCGGACAUGUAUUAGUG